AGGAUGCAGCUUUGGUGCACAGCGUGCCUUCUGCUCACACUGCUGGACAUCCUGUGGGGUCAGACUCUGAGUACCCAGCCUGUGCCAUCUCCAUCCCAGAUGCAGAGCUUCCAAGCAGAACAGUUCCAGGGAGAGUGGCUUGUCCUUGGACUGGCGAGCAACACCUUCCAGAAGGAGCACCGGGCCCUCCUGAGACCCUUCACGACCACUUUUGAGCUGACUCCUGAUGGCCACUUCAAAGUGUCAAACGCCAUGACCCGGGGCCGACACUGCAACGCUUGGUCUUAUGUGCUGGUCCCAGCAGCCCAGGCUGGACACUUCACGGUAGACCACAAUGCAGGGCCAGGGGCCAGCAGAGAGGAGAUCCAGGUGGUAGACAGUGACUACACCCGUUUUGCCUUGCUGCUGUCCCACAGACAGACAAGCAGCUUGACCGUGGUCAGAAUCAGCCUGCUGGGCAGAAACUGGACACUGCCCACCGGGAUGAUGGACAAAUUCCUUUGCCUAGGCAGGACUCAGGGCCUCUCGGAGAGAAAUGUCGCCUUCCCAGACUUGGCUGGUAACAGGGCACAGGAUGGGAUAGAGCGUGUGGGGCCUAGGUGGUAGAGGGGGGCCCUGCCCUGGGCCUCAAAAGCCCUGGGUCCCCUGAGGGUUGCUGUGAGGUCUGACUGGCUCCCAGUGCCUGUUCUUAGAGCCAGCCUGGGCCAGGCAGGCUAGGAGGCUCAUGGCUCCUUGGUCUCUGCCAUCCUUAACUUUGGGCUACCUCCUCCUUACCUCCCCUGGAGUCCCUAUCUGCACCACUUCCUCCCCAGUCCCCUGAGGUCCCUGUCUGGGCCACUUCCUCCGCAGUCCCCUGGGGUCUCUGUCCUGGGCCAUCUCACCUUCCUUGGAGUCUCUGUCUGGGCCACUUCCUCUCCACCUCCCCUGUCCUGGCCACCUCCUCCUUGCACCCUGCCCUGCUCACCAAAAACUUGGGCUCACCUCAGGAGAAACUCUAUGCCCUCAGCAGCAGCCCCAGCCCCACCACCAGAGCCUCCAAGGCCUGGCCCUUCCCAAGAGGGAUGAGGACACCCCUAGGCCUUCCUCCUGGAACAUUUCCCACUGUGCCCUCAGGUCUGGGCUCUGGUCCUUUACAUGAACACAGCCCCUGUACGCAUUUGCAUGUGUGCACACAAACAUGUACUGGCAAACACACGCUUGCACACUCAACACACAUGAGCACAUGCAUGUCUGUACACACCAGCACACAUGCCUGUA